AUGUCUGCUCAGGCGAGCGCUGGCGAUCAUGAUGCUCCUUCUUGGGACGGGAACCCCGCGACUUACCAGGCCUUCGAAACAUCCUGCCGGUGGUAUGUGCUUACCCUCAAGGAUUCAGAGAAGGCUGGUGCGGCGGCCCGUGUGUGGGCAAAGCUGUCUGGGCCCGCCAAGAGCGUGGUCCGUCACUUGGAUCCGGAACAGUACUACAGGGCGGAUGGCCUUGAGAAGCUGCUGACCCUUCUGAGGGGCAGCCCACUUCAGACCUUGCCGGUUCCCGACUGCUUUGCCAAACUUGAGCGGUGGAACACACUUCGCCGCAAGGACCACGAGACGAUCCCAGAGUUCCUUGUGAGGGAGGACGAGUGCUUUACCGAAUUGCAGCAGUCGCUCAAGAGAUCCAGGGACAUGAGAAAACCGCCUCCUCCGAGGUCUGAACCGCCGGGAGACGAGAACGAGGACGACGCGAAGCAGAGCCCCAUGGAGGAUUUCGAGGACCUUCCGGAUUUUCGCAAAACCUCUCCGAGUUCAUCACCGCGGAAGUCUCCUAAGGUCAGCCAGCCGGAUGUGACGGUGCUGCCCGAGGAGCCCGCCGACUUCAACGAUGAGCUUCGCGGCUACCGUCUCCUCAAGGCGACCAACCUCACCGUGCAGGAGCGGCAGCAGGUGCUCACCCUGGCGGGCAACUUGGUGAACUUUCAGGUUGUCCGGCAGGCUUUGAGGGCGUUCUUUGAUGACAGCGGCGGCUCUCACCGGCACCGCCACCGAGAUCGACAUGCCUGGUGGGCCACCGAGACAGAGGACCCGGACGGCGAGCACUUCGAUUGCGAAACGGGUCCUCCUGAGGACUUCGCUGACGCCUACUGGGGCGACCUUAGCUGGUCCCAGCAAGGCUGGGAGGACUGGCCCGACGAGGGCCUCUACUACGACGGUGCCGAGGACGAGGGCAUCUACUAUGACGCCGCCGGGAACGAGAUCUACCCGGAGGACAUGUACCCAGAAGAGGAGGCCGAGCCGAGCCAGGAGGAAGCAGAGUCACUUAAGCAACAGGCCGACGCGACGGCCCUAGCAGCGGAAGCCAAUCGCACUUUGACAGAGGCUCGCGCGGCUGUGGCAAAGGUCCGGGCAGCUCGGGGAUAUUAUCCCCUUGGGGGAAAAUCGUCCUCGAAGGGCGGCCGCGGGAGUUCGCCAACGAGAUGUUUGAUCUGCGGCCAGCUCGGACACUGGUUCAGGGACUGUCCUCGCCGCUUCCAGGGACAGACGGCAAUGUACCAGAAGGGCUUCCCUAAAGGCCCGCGGCCCAAAGGCAAGGGCAAGGGGAAGUUCAGGCCGCCUGGAAAGGGAAAGGCCAAGCAGGGUUUCCCCGUGAACUUCUAUGGCACCUACAUGAUGGAAGUGGUCCGUGAGGAAGGGCAGCCCGACUUUUACCAGAAUGACCAGCCGAGCGAGCGGAACGCAAAUGUUGUGGUUCCGGUGGUGGACCCCUCCGACCUGACGAUGGGUAAUGGUCCUGCCGUUUGGGGCCGCUUGGAAGGCAACGGCCACGGCCGGGCACUUGGCAUUUUCGAGAACGAGCAGCGGGACGUGUGGAACAACAACGUGCCGCUGAACAUGUUCAAUGCCGCCCCGGCCGACCAGGCGACAGCGAUCACGGAUCAUGAGCGCGCCUUUGCAAAGGACCCGGACGGGACACCUGGUGUUGGACCCAAGGGCCGACCCCACCAACAUGACGAUCCUUAA